AUACGUACAUGCAAAAUAUCUCAACUAUUGAAUGAAUUUCACCAAAUAAAAAAUUGGGAUUACUUGAAUUUUGAUCAGGGCGAACAGAGGGCGAGCAUAAGAAUUUUAUGGAGAAUUCAUCAAUGGCGUAUCUGCGAUCACAAAAUUGAAAUGGCUGCUACAAUACAAAGUAACUUGUUAAUGAGGCGUGGAGUGUUAGAUAAAAACAAUACCCGGGUUUAUUCUUGUUCACAACGUGGAAACGUGGCGGCCUACCAAUAAAAGAAGUACCAAAGGAAAUAACGUGGGAAGAUAGAGUCACCAACAUCGUGAAAAUGGAAUGUAAUAAAGACGAGGCCCUCAGGGCGAAAGAGUUCGCAGAGUUGAAGUUUACAGAGCGUGAUGUCUCUGGGGCUCUAAGAUUUGCUUUAAAGGCCCAAACCUUGUAUCCCGAGCUUGAUGGUCUUCCUCAACUUUUGACAACUCUUCAUGUUCACACCUCCGCUCAGAAGGGAACAAAUGGGGAGACCGAUUACUACAAGGUCCUCAGUGCGGAACCGUUGGCUGACAAGGACACAAUCCGAAAGAAAUACAAGAGACUGGCACUCUCUCUCCACCCAGAUAAAAAUAAAUCUGUAGGCGCAGACGCUGCUUUCCAAAUUGUUAAUGAAGCCUGGACUUUGUUGUCUGAUAAAGACAAGAGAUUUCUCUAUGACCAGAGGCGGAGCUUAGGAUACAUGCUUGAAAGAGUUCCAGAUGGCAACUUUUCUGCAGCAACUAGUCAGAAUGGUUUUCAUACCUCCUCCAACUAUAAUCAUUCAAACGGAAGGGAUCAGUGGAGUGCAACCUAUACCGACCAUGUUGCAGCAAUGAGUCAGAAUGGUUUCCAUACCUUCUCCAACUGUAAUCAUCCAAACGGAAGGGAUCAGAGGAGUGCUUCUUACCAUAUUAGAGCAACAAGUCAGAAUGGUUUAUAUACCUCCUCCAACUACAAUCAUUCAAACGGAAGGGAUCAGAAGAGUGCUACUCAUACUGAGCAUGUCACUGCAAUGAGUCAGAAUGAUUUUCAUACCUCCUCCUACUAUCAUCAUUCAAACCGAAGGGAUCAGAGAAGUGCUACUCAUACCAAUUCUAUUAGACCUCCUUCUCCACCAAAACCGACAUUUUGGACUGUGUGCAGUAGUUGCAAGAUGCAAUUUGAGUAUCUUUGGACUUAUCUGAACCAAUAUCUUCUGUGUCACAACUGCCGUCAGCGCUUUUUAGCUUCUGAGACACCAGCCCCCAAAAUGCCCAAUGGUAGAUCAACUCCAUGGGUUUCCUACUUUCAGCGAAAGGGUUCUAGGCAGCAUAACAGGACCAUGAAUACAUGUGCUCCAGGAAGUUCACAGACUGCUACCAUUAAUGUGAAGUUAGCAGGAAAUUCUGGAGUUGACACAUCAACAAAAAAAUUUCCGGCAGGAUUCUUCAAACCGGCAAGUUUUGAAAGUGAGCAAUUACGAGGUUCCUGUGCUGGUCAAACUGCAAGUGACGUUCGCCCAGGAUUUGGGGAACUGAAGAGAGGGCAUGAAGAGGUGGUUCUAAAUAAGGAGGCGCAUAAGUGGAAUCAUGAAGCUUGUAAGAAAACAGAUGCUACCUUAGCGUCUGGGUCUCUUGGCGCUGCUUCCAGUUCCGUACCCAAAGAGAGGCCUAAAAAGAAAAGGCAUCUGAGCAGGCAAGAGAUGGGAACUCAAAUGGGAAUAGCAAAUGGAGGAGUUGCUAUGAAAAGUGUAUUCGGACUGUACAAGGGUAGUGUUGGUACAGGAAGGUUUGAUGUAGCUGCAGUGGAUAGUGUCUUGAUAGAAAUGGCUAAGAAGGAAAUUUCCCAGAAGCUUAAAGUGUGGAAGGAAGCUGCUGCACCGAAGACUUCAUUUACAUCAAAAAAUGCAGAUAAUAACCAGGUGAAAGAGAAGCAAAAGGAAGAAGCUGGCCUGCGUGGUGUAAAAAUUAGUGUUGCAGGAUGUAGGGCAUUUGUGAAUCCCAAGAAGUCUUCCCUUGCCAAUUCUCAUGUUGACGCUGAUGUCGAGGAAGCUAAUACAGUGGCAAUGACUGUUCCAGACCCUGAUUUUCAUGAUUUCGACAAGGAUCGUACAGAAAAGUCAUUUGGUAGCAACCAGGUUUGGGCUGUCUAUGAUGAAGAUGAUGGCAUGCCCCGUUAUUAUGCCAUGGUUCACAGUGUGAUAUCAUUGAAACCAUUCAAACUUAGCAUGAGUUGGCUAAAUUCGAAAAGUAACAUCGAAAUUGCUCCACUAGAUUGGAUUGCUUGUGGUUUUUCUAAGACUAGCGGGGAACUUCGGAUAGGGAAGCAUGUAGUCUAUAAGAAUCUUCCUUCUUUCUCACACAAGGUGGUUAGGUGGAGAAAGGGCAAAAGAGGAGUUGUCUGCAUAUAUCCAACAAAAGGAGAAGUGUGGGCACUAUAUAGGAACUGGUCUGCUGUUUGGAACGAGCAUACCCCAGAUGACGUUAUUCACAAAUAUGAUAUGGUGCAACUGCUUAAUGAUUACAACGAGGAGCAAGGUCUGACAAUUGUCCCACUGGUUAAAGUAGCUGGUUUCAAAACAGUGUUCCGCCAACAUUCGGACCAAAGUAAAAUCGUGAAAAUUCCAAGGGAAGAACUCUUUCGUUUCUCUCACCAGGUCCCUUCUAUCACGCUCACCGGUCAUGAAGGUCCCAAUGUUCCGAAAGGAUGCUUUGAGCUUGAUCCGGCAGCUACUCCGUCGGAACUGCUUCAGGUGGAAUCAGAAGAACGUGAAGAUGACAUGGAGGUGACAGGUGAAGGAUGUAAUGGUGAAGACCCAGUGGGAUUGUUGAAGAGCACCAAGGAAGAGGCUGUGGUGGAUAAUGGCAAAGUAACUACAGAAACGGGCUUGAUAGAAGAGGCUGAGAAAAAAGAUUUGCAAGACAUGAUGAAGAGGGAGGAGGAACCCCAAGGGCCGAAGUUGCUAGUGUAUAGUCGGAAACGUUUCAGGAAAUACAAAAAGAAGGGUGCUGACUGCUAA